AGACAGGGUCCAAAAAAUUAUGGCAAAUUUUGAAUAAAGCCCGGAGCCCUAAACGACCAAUUAUUGGCGAAACUCAAAGACCAAUUAUGGGCGAAACUCGUUUAGAUUACCUUUUUGGAUUUCUU